UACAUGCAUACGUACGAAUCUUGUUGUGUCGAUCGCAACUAAUCAAUUUAUGUAACAAAUAAAUAUAGAAAUUUAAAAUAAAAAUAAAAAAAACAACAACAAUAGCUGCUAAAUAGAGUAAAACCACAAAGGAGAAAGUUUGUAACAUACAUAAAUACAAGACCGCCGUAAACCGCCGAAACAAUAAGUUAACAAGAUAACCAACCAAAUAAGAUAAAGCAUCUUAGUACUAACAAACAAUAACAAAACGAGCUAUAAAUACAACAAAAAAAAAAAUACCAAAAGCGCAACAAAUUUAAUUGAGAACCAACAUCAAUAUCAUCAGCAAUUGUCCAAUCAACUGUUAUUCGGAUAUAAACCGUUUCGGUCAAACCAGAAAAUGGAGACAAAGUUGCGGUAGCAAAAUACACCGCACGAAAAUAACUAACAAACAAACUAAGCAAACUAACAAAAGGAAUAACAACAAGAAGUUUUCAAAAACAGAAACACACAAAAGCCAUCAACCAACAAACAUAUUAAAUAAAUGCGUGCGAAUUGCAAUACCAAAAGCUACAACAAUAAAUAAAUAAAUAAAAAAAACCGUAAAACAGUCGAAUUGAAUUUAAUGGAAUUAUCGCGCAUGACUAUGCAAUUACAAAUAAGUAAAAGUAUUUCCCUGCUGAUUUUACUCUACAGCGCAAAACAACUAAUGAGUUUAAUUUAAUUAAAAAAAAAAAACAACAACUAUUUUACAAAUGAGCCAAAUUCCUUUCUAAAGAAUUUCAUUUUCGAAUUAAAUAUAAAACCAACCAAUUUUUUGAACUGCGAGUACAUUACAUCUAUCUACAUACAUAUUUAAAGUCACACAAACCAUCAUAGUUACACAAACCAUCGAGUAUAUAACAGUCGUUAAUGGAAUAUAUGUUUGAGCAAAAGUAAACAUCUACACAGUUUUAUUAAAAAAAUAAAUAAAUAAAUAAAUAUAUUUAUAUAAAUACGCGAGUAUAAAAACUUGGAAAGUACAGCAGAGUUAAUUCAAUAUGGCUUCGCCACCGGAAAGCCCCAUCGAGGAGGUUGUCUUCGAAUUGGAACACACCCGAGUGCCUAAGCCGAUUAAUGUAACAAUCGAAGAUUUGUAUCGCGAGACGAAAUUUUCAAAACAGGAAAUAAGAAUUAUGUAUCGUGGAUUUAAAACGGAAUGCCCCGAAGGCGUGGUGCAUGAAGAAUGUUUCAAGGAGAUUUACGCCAAGUUCUUUCCCCAUGGCAAUUCCAGUUUAUACGCUCACCAUGUAUUUAGGACAUUCGAUACGAACAGUACUAACUCCGUGAAUUUUAGAGACUUUCUAAAUAUUCUCUCAACACUGUUGCGUGGCACUGUAUACGACAAAGUCAAGUGGACCUUCAAAUUGUAUGACGUGAAUGGGGAUGGGCGAAUAACGCGUGGGGAAAUGAGUGAUUUAUUUCAUUCGAUACAUGAAUUGAUGGGUCGACGGCCGCACCAACCGGAGGAAGAUCGCAAAGCCAAGGAACAGCUGGAACGCACCUUCCGUUCAUUUGAUCCGCACAAUGUCGGCUAUAUAAAUUUUGAAAUGUGGAUGAAAGGUCUGCUUACCAAUCGAACCAUAGUGAAUUCUUUUCAUGUAUUUCAUUCGGAUCCCUGAUGGUCGGAGAGUGACUUCGAGAGUAUUUUGAAUAAUCAAGAAGUUAUAUCGCUUAUAGACCUUUGAGAAAGCCAGACAAAUAAUGGCCGGAAAAUACGUAAGCCAAGCGUUCAUCCGGAGUCAAGUAAACCGGUAGACAAAAAUAAGAAAACGUAAAAGUUCGAAAAUAAAAUGGAAAUUAUUGAAAUAUGAUUUUCAAUUAAGCCUAAUGUGUUAAUGGAAAGCUGUUAAAUCAGGUGCAAUUUGUAUGUAUGUACAUAUACGAGUUAAAUAAAACAUAUUUAAUAGUUGGUAUGCCUAAGGGGAUGUCAUCACAUCAUGCGAGCGUUGGAAUAAAUGAAAUAUUACUGAACUGGAAUGUAUAAAAUAACCGUUAUAAACACAAAAUGAUAAUAGCCUUAGAUGAUUUCAGGAAGCAAUUGAAUGCUCCAAUUAGUCAUAUUACAUGUAAACAUACAUUACAAAGAUAACAUGAAUAAUUAAAAUCAAACAGAAUCGCCAGAAUUGACAUUUGACACUUUAGACGCUUCAUUUGCACUAUAAAUGAAUAUUGGAAAUGAUGUAGUUUUCAUUUUUAAUUGAGUAUUUAAUUUAAACCAAGUAUUGCAUAAGGCAAACAGCAAAUUGUACAGAAAAAAAAACCGUUUUGCGUGCAAGAUUGUCUCUGACGAAGUUUCCCAACGCCCAAUGCAACGCUAAAAGUUGACCACCUUCUCAUGCUGCUUCUUGUAAGAGUUUCGUCCCGUUUUUAACAGAUACAUACAUAUGUAUAGUACGAGUAUGAUCGGAGUAUAUAAUUCUAUACAUGAGUAAGUAGAAAGUAGUUGAGGCGAGCGAGGUGUGGCAAAAGUUGCUCAACAUUCAAGUCUUUUACGCUUACUUAAUUCAUGACUCUAAAACUUCACAGAAGUGUACAAAUCAUUAAACAACAAAAAUACAAGAUAGAGGUGUUUUUUGAAAAAUCCGGGAAAAAUAUUAUUUUGAAAAUAAUUUUUUAUACAAAUUACAUAUAUAUUGUCUUAAAGAUAUAAUCUUGAAACAAGAUAACUGAGAUGUUCAAAGGAAAAUAUUUAUAACUUCGCCAUUGUGACGUCAUUCCCGGUGACCCUACUGAAAAAAGUGGUUCUGCGUUAACAGUAGAACUCAUGAAGGGAUAGAAGUGAAAAAUGAGUUUUUGUUAGUAUCAUAAACUAGAAUUAUCGGGCGAAAUAAAUUAGGGAAAGGUGAAAUUAUUUUUUUACAAAAACCCGCAAUUUUGAUUUACUCAACAACAAUCUUUGCUAUCGACAAUCUUAUUUCUUGAAGACCUGUGCAAAAAUUUCAUAUAGAACAACCGUCUGUGUAAGCAUUGUUUCGAAAAAAUGCGCUCGAGCAUUGAAGCUCUGUUCUUAACUCUCUUUGAGCACGCAUUUUCCCUAAGCUCUACUCUGAAGUUUUUAUUCUGCUCGACUUGAGAUGUUGCAGAAAUUAAUAACACAAAAAAAAAAUUUUUUUUUGAAACUCUUAAAGAAUUACAUCUUAUACUGCAAUUACCCAUAUUACCCAUUGCCAUACCCUCGGUUGACUUCGUUUCGCAUGCAGAGUUGCAAAUGUCAAGCUGGGCGAAGCAAGUUUUAGGUGAAUCAUUCUGGAAUUUUUUUAAUCCCCCAUUGGCAUAAAAAGGUGUCGAAAGACACUAAGUAUUUUCUUUUAUAUGCGACCACCUUUUGGAACGCCCAGCUUAACUUAACUGCCAUAUUUUCAAUUGGUUUCGGUGUCAAAAUAUAAAAAUGUUUAUUCGUGAAGCAUUUAAGUCAAAAGCAAAACAAAAUGAGUUAUUGCGAAGAAUCUUUGGUUAAUAAAUAUAUUAAAAAUAAUUUUAUUUCUAAUUACUAAUUACUGUUCCAGCUUAAAGUGUCACUGAAUUUUCAAGUUUGACUGAAAUUUUUUAACAGUUUGACGUUUAACCGGAAAUUAACUUGUGGGUUUUCAGUGACCCAUUCACAAUAGGAUCACCUUUUUACUUUCGAUAUUCUUUAAACGAUUUCAACUCAAACUGAUUAAGUAACUCGCGCUGUUUAAUAAUAUUAUUCACUAUUGUAAUUAACUGUCAAAUGUCAAAACUAGUGCGAAAAGGAGUAAAGCAAUAUUACAAAAAUAAACUUUAACACUAUUAAGGGGGAAAUACAAAAAUACUAAUUCAAUAAAUUUUUAGAAAAUAGUAAGAAAUACCAAAAGGCCAAGAAUAAAUUACUUUACUAUCUAGUAACAACAGGAUUUAAUUAAAUGCAUGCAUAUGUAUG